UCACGUCACUGUCAGAUAGCUCGCAAGUACUCGCAACACAAAACUGUUUGUUUUGUUAAAAUUUGAGGUUAUAAUAAAGAAAAAUUAAAAUUGAUUGCAAAGUUAAGUGCAAAAUAAGACAUUUUUUAUGAUGUUUGUUAUAAAAUUAAGACCUUUCUACAAAAUAUGUGACAAAGUGAUGAUACGUAAUUUACGUUCAUCGAGAUUAGGGAAGAAUGGAGCAAACCCAGGUCUCGAUAAAAGGUUGAAUGCAUUUAGACAGGAGGGACUCCGUAUGGAAGACGAUGACGCCGAGGAAUUCAUUGAGCAGUCGGAGUUAGACGUUUACAAUGUUGGUGAAGCGUACAAUGAGCAUAUGAAUGAAACUCUCAUAGGAAAGUAUGAGUUACGGCAUCAAAUAAUCAAAGAAAAGUACUUCAAAGAGAACAUGCCAAACCUGUUGACCUGGAGUGAGAAGGAACAGAUCAGACAUUUGGCGACGACUGAGCCUGACGAGUGGACUCCAGAAAGGAUAGCAGAGAGCUUUCCUGUUACUGUUCCAGUUGUGAAGAAAUUACUGAAGUACCCAUGGAAACCAGCUACUGAACAACGUAUUGCAAGGCAUGAUGCUUCCGUGAUGAGAAACUGGAAAGAACUAAAAGAGGGCACAUUUGAUAUACCAAAAGAUAUAAGGCAACACUUUUUAAAGUUCUCAGAUAGAAAAAUUCCACCCCUGAACAAAAAGUCUAUCAAAAUAGAAGUAAAACAACACGAAAAAUAUGGAGAAUUUGAGAGUAUUGUACGAAGAUGUGCAGCUCAAGAACAAUCAAAAAAUAAUAAAAACCUUGAUCAGACUGUACAGGUAGGCAGUGCAGACAGUCAGGAAAAUAAAAGUAAAACUAGUACUUCUGCUAGAAAAGAAUUGAAAAGAGUAACCUUAGAUGAAUUGACAGAAAGAAUUAAAAAACGAAUGGAUCAGGGAAGUGAUAUAAAUUUACCAGAUAAAAUAAUUUUAGAAACUGUAAAUUCAAAUCAAACUUUAACUUCAUCAGUUUCUAAUAAUGAAAUAGAAUUAUUCAAUGAAGAAUCACAAAACAAUCAAGUAAGUGAAUAUAUAGUAAAGAAAGAUGACCCAUCAGCUAUUAUGGAAUAUCCAGAAAGAAUACGAAUUCCAAAGAAAGCAUACAAAAAAGGGGCAACUUACAAAGUUAAUGAUUGCUUCUAUGACCAUGAUGGCAAGUUCCUGUAUAGAGUUUUAGGAAUGUAACAUAUAUUUCAUAGGUAGUGUAAAUAAAACUAUAUAAAUAUUAUAGCCUUAUGUAUUUUUUAUAAAACUUAAACACAGUUUCACCCUCCAUAAAAAUGUUGUUGAUAGUUUGAUGAUAAAAAUAAAACAUUUAAAAAUUACCUUAACUUUCAAGCAAAAUUCAUCCAAUCAAAACUAGGGUUCCUCUGUCUUUCAUACGAUUAUUGUGAAACAAUCUGAUGAGAAUUGCACAGUAAAUUAAUUGCACAUUGUGAAAAUAAAAUGAGAUUGACCUUAAUUAUCAUCAUAUUAUGUACAUUACAAAAAUACAUUUGAAUGACUAUCACGUUGUACAUUUUA